UUUGUUCCAUUGUAUUUUUCUUGUAAAUAUUAAGAAAGCUAAUAGAAGAUUUGUGAAGUGUGAAAUUGUACAAGUCAUUGUUUGGUUUCAACAUGUCAGAGACACCAGGAAUAGUACAAGGAUUGGGUAAUCCAUAUAAAAUAGUUGAUCAUGCAAGGGAAAGAAGGAAGGGUAUCACUGCCUCUUCUUUAAAAGAUUUGACUAAUAUAGCUCGAAGUCGCUUGGCUUUACCACCUGAUGCAAAUCUUACUAUCGUAUUAGAACAAGAUGGAACCGAGGUAGAUGAUGAAGAAUAUUUUGCAACAUUGGAAAGGAACACCAGUCUAAUGGUCUUAUACGGAGACCAGAAAUGGAUUGCAGCAGGUAGCAGCAAAACUGCUUCUCGCUACAUUGUUGUAGAUGAUGUGGACAACAUGGAAGGCACUUCAAGAAGCACCGAAAUUAGACGUCGACGUCCACCAAUAGAGCCAUUGGUUUCAUCGUUACAUGAUGAUCCAUCACACAUUUCAUUACUUGGUGGAAAUGAUUUAGAGCUGCUUAGUGAUAUGGAUCCUGAUAGCUUAGCUGAUAUUGUACCCGAUAGGAUUUUCCUGGAGCAAUUGAAGGAAGCAUCAGGUAGAUUCCUCGCAGAGAAACGACAAGCACAGGAGUCUAUGGCUCUUCUUCAGAUUUAUGCGAGUGGAGGAGAGAUGGAGCGAGCGUAGGCCAUGUGGGGGGUGGGCGCCCUCACACUGGCUAAUAUGUAUCGAGUUAGGCGUCGUAUUUUUUACAAAGGUCGCCAAUUACAACAAACAUUAAUUCUCCUUUGGAAUUGAGCCUAUUAAAUAUUUAAACUUGCCAACUUCGAUCGGAGCAAGUAAAAGAUUAUUCUACUGCAGCAAAAAAUAAUUUAUGGAUUAAGGAUUCAAAAUUCUUUUCCAUAUAAAAAACCUGUUUGCCAGGGUUGUUUUGAAGAAAGUGAGAUGAUGA